CAACCCCCCUCUAGUAAGUCUAGGAAAAUCUCUCCUUUAAAGCUGGUGGACUUUGCCUACAAGCAGCCUGUGUUUGCGCCACCAGCACAGCUUUAGAAGCACAACACGGAUAAAGGGAAAUAGUUUCCUGGUAUUCUACCAUCUGACAGCUGCUUAGAGGAACCCAAGAGCCUGCUCCACCCAAACACGGGGUAGCCCACAGGAGAAUCCCAGGGGACGGCAAAGGCAUUUAUAAGGGUUCCAUGUGGUUCUUCGUGCUUCUUAUCGCCAUCAUAUGGGUGGUCGGAUGGUUCCUGCGAGAUCGACAGACCAUUUCGCGAUUUUCUGAUAAACAUGUCUUUAUCACCGGGUGUGACACAGGCUUCGGAAAUCUGCUGGCCAAGCGACUGAACAGAAACGGUUUUCAUGUCCUUGCAGGAUGCCUGACACAGUCAGGAGCAGAUGACCUGCAAAAAGCUUGUCCUAUGGGACUGAAAACCACUUUGCUGGAUGUCACCAACUGUGAAAGCAUCAAAAAGGCUGUGCAAUGGGUGAAAGCAGAAGUGGGAAGUAAAGGUCUGUAUGGGCUAGUCAACAAUGCAGGCAUUGCAAACCCAAUAGGCCCUACUGAAUGGAUGACAGUAGAGGAUUAUCGAAGGGUUAUGGAAGUGAACGCGUUUGGCACCAUUGGAGUAACAUUAGGUUUCCUACCCCUAGUAAAGCAGGCACAGGGCAGAGUUGUUAACAUGGCCAGCGUACUCGGGAGGAUAUCAGCCAAUGGAGGAGGUUACUGCGUCUCUAAAUAUGCUGUAGAGGCUUUUUCAGAUAGCCUUAGAAGGGACGUUCAACACUUCGGUGUUAAAGUCUGCAUCAUAGAGCCCGGCUUCUUUAAAACAGCGGUUACCGACUUAGAUUCCAUUGAAAAGUCUCUGCAGCAGCUUUGGGACCAAAUGCCCCCUGAGACAAAGAAGAGCUAUGGGGAUAUGUAUUACAGAAAGUAUAUGAAAGUCCAAAGGCUGAUUAUGAAUUUCAUAUGUGAUCCUGACAUCUCCAAAGUGCCUAAAUGCAUCGAACACGCCUUACAAGCAAGAUACCCUCGUACAAGAUACAGCCCGGGCUGGGAUGCAAAGUUGGUGUGGCUACCAGCUUCUUACAUGCCAAGUUUCAUAGUGGAUGCGGUUCUUGCCUUAGUUCUUCCCAAACCCGAACAGCGAGUGUGCUAAAUCACAAUAAGAAGCUUCCAAACCUUGGUCUUAUCUAGGAAGUUUAAAUGUACUAAAUAUCAUCUUCUUCAUAAUGGACAAAACCAACUUUGUACUGAAGUCCUAUGACAUCUACUGUGGUACUAGAAGUAUUUACACCAAAUCAAGAUAAGAUAAAGUGUGUCUUUAUUCUCAGCUAUUUGUGGUUGGAUGGCUUAUCCUCCAUCAUUCUCGAUCACAUUAUCUGUACCAACUUUCCGAGUUUCUGGAUAAACUGCUGUAAACUUAUGACUUUUCUGUGUUUAAUGCAAUAGUUCUAGAUGAAUAGAAAAACAAACAAAAUUAACCCUAUCAAAUAACAUGAGACUUCAUAGACCAUGUCUACAGUAUUUCCCCUGCUUAAAACAUUCAGAUAAAUGUUCUGUAUACUGCAUAUCUUCUAUAAUUAACUGGCAGCCAAGUAACAUUUUUUGUAAUAAAACUGAACUCACAAGAC